GUGAUUUUUCAGCUCGGCUGCUUGAGUUGCAAUACAAAUACCGUGUACCAACGUUAAUGUUAAUGAUACGCAGAAACAUUGCCCGCGUAGCUAAGAUUCUCUCAAAAUGGCAACUGGCAUCGAAAUUGCUGGUAUUCUACUUGCUUCAGCAGGAGCAGCACAUCAACUUUUCGACUGCGGCCGAAAGAUUUACCGACGCAUCAAAGAUGAGAAGAAACUCAACCGACUCCUGUCCGAGCUAAAGAUGUUCGAAGUCGACGACCAGCGCCAGAUGCUGAACAACUACGUCGAAUCAGUGCAACCUGUGCUCCGCACCCAACUGAUCAAGAAAGAGGACAAAGAUAGGCUCCUACGAAGGUGGGAGCGGAUCAAGCAGCAUUUGAUUCGCAUAGAUGAACUCAUCGACAUCAUGAUCAUGAACUCGUCACUUUUAGACACCAUCACUAGGCGCCAGGCCAAAAAUGAGCUGCGAGAAUUGGGAAACACAGGGGUCUUAACAGUGCUUCUCGCACAAUUCCGAGAUGAUGCGUCACUUCUUGAAAAACUGGCUUCCAAAGACCAAUCGACAUUCCUGUCAGGUAGGGACUUCAUCUAUAUCGAUGACACUCCCAAAAAGGCGCUGGGGAAAGAUACGAUGUUGCGGAAAGGGAGAUGGGUAGCGGCCGGCAGCAACAACUCCAAUCGAACAGGGUGGUUCCUGGUAGAGUCAAAGCUACUCAAGAGCGAUUACGAGAAGCAAAUUGUGAAAGAGGAUGUGGCGACGCUCGCAAAUCGUCUCGAGAGGGCACAGAAGAAUCGUGGAAUUUUCAAGCUCGUCGGAUUCCGCGAGGAAAAGAAUCCUCAAAUGGCGGGGUUUGAGUUGAUCUUUGACGGCGAAUUUGACGGCAAGGUGCCUGUUAGCCUUUCUGCUUACAUGCAGACUCAUUCCACGAAGCCAAGUCUCAACUUCCGCAUCGAUCUGUGCUGUCAACUUGCCACUGCUGUUCUCGAAACGCAAUCUCUCCGUCUUGUUCACAAGAAUAUUCGUCCAGACAACAUCCUGGUCAUGGAAAACAUCUCUUCCCCGCUUGCCAAACUGGAGGAGUCGAUCCCAAUGAUCAAUCUUUCUGGUUGGCAAUAUGCUCGUCACGUCGACGAGGGCUACAUUACCACAUUGGGGAACGCAAUGGAUUUGGAACGGAAGAUUUAUCAACAUCCGGAGCGCCAGAUCCGCACUUCCGAGCGUGACUACUCCAUGGCUCAUGACAUUUACAGCCUAGGUGUUUGCAUGAUCGAGAUACUGUGCUGGAAGAGUCUGCUUCAAACAAGAGAAGACGAUGCGAAGACAGUUGCAGUCUCAGAUGACUUUGUGAAUGCAUUCAAGGCCUUAGGAUUUUCGCCUCAUGCGAAUGAUGUUCAGGACGACUGGACCAAGUUUCCGAGACAGAACAAGGCAGUCUUGCAGGAGUUGAACGCAACUUGCGUCCCAGUUGAGUCGGGAACGAAAAUGGCACAGAUCAUACAUGGGUUUCUGACUUCUUUGGAUCGAAAAGUUCAAGAGGAUGAGGAAAAUGAUAGUGAAGAAGAAGAACAAGAAGAAGAAGACAGCAUAGGUGUGUAUGCUCUGAACGGAGAGGAAGAGCGGAGGACGCAGGCCAUAGAGUUCAUGGAUACGAGCUUGAAGGACUUGCAAAGCUUUCUUCAAGUCGUCUGA